ACACAGAGGAUCCACAUUUUCCCCAAUCACAGAAGAUCAUAUGUUUUUCUGAUUUUCUCCUCUGAAACAUUUGAAAACAUUGAUAUUGUGAUUUUAUUUUACUUUUUCUAUUGAUCAAUCCUCGAUAAUUUUGUUUAAUUAGUGAACUAGCAAUCAACUGCAGAAUACUUUCCUUCCCCCUUUACCAAGUACACCUGUAACCGGCACCAGUAACCAAGGCAUCUUUAAUAACAAUGUUUUUUAUUCCAUUAGUUUUAUACAACAAUUAAUCUGGUAUCUAUAUUUAUCACACAUAGCUAAAAGUUUUCGGAAUACAGAACUAUUUCUAAAUGUCUGUAAAAAGCAAUAAAAGAUUAAAGUUUGGACUACUGUUGAUCCUUGUUUUCCAAACCACAGGAUGUGUCCUUUUACUAAGGUACUCAAGGCAUCGAACAUCAGUGAAAUCAUCUGAAAAUUACCUUGUAUCAACCACAGUUGUAUCUUCUGAAAUUAUCAAAGUUUUGACUAGUCUAUGUGUGCUUUUAUUUCAAACUGGAAGCCUCAUGUCAUGUCUGCAACUUCUGCACAAGGAGAUCAUAUUAAAUCACCAAGAAUCGCUGAAAUCCGCAGUACCUGCUUUAUCUUACACUGUGCAAAACAAUUUGCUGUUCGUGGCACUUUCUCACCUAGAUUCUGUGACAUAUCAGGUAACUUAUCAAUUGAAAAUUUUGGUCACCGCUAUUUUUUCGGUCCUUAUGCUCCACAAACGUCUUUCAUCUAUUCAAUGGCUAUCCCUUGUCAUGCUUAUGGCCGGUGUUAUAGCCAUUCAGUUACCUGAUUCGUCAAGUACCAAAACCGAACAACAAAAUGAUUUGAUUGGACUUCUUUGCGUUCUUAUAUCAUGUUUUCUAAGCGGUUUUACUGGUGUUUAUUUCGAAAAAAUAUUGAAAAAAGGAGAUCAAAGUUUAUGGAUUCGAAACUUUCAGUUAUCUUUCAUGAGUUCAAUCCUUGCAUUGAUCAACGCUUUUGCUCAAGACCACUCAAAAAUUUUCAAGUCUGGUUUCUUCUUUGGUUAUACUCCUCUUACUUGGACUGUAAUCCUAAUUCAUGCAUUUGGAGGCUUUAUUGUCGCUUUCGUCAUGAAAUAUGCAGAUAAUAUUCUUAAAGGAUUCGCUACUUCCAUUUCAAUUGUUAUUUCCACCAUAAUUUCAUUCUACAUCAUGGACGAUUUUUCGCCACAGCCAUACUUUAUAAUUGGAGCUCCAAUGGUACUCAUUGCUGUAAUCCUUUAUGGCUAUUAGCAACUUUUUUGCUUUCAAUUCUAGGUUUCAACUUUUAAAUCAACUUUGUUAAUACGUCAAUUUAUUUAUUUUUGUAUAGAUGUAUAUAAAGAUAAACUAACAAAUCAACCGGCAAGAAAACAAAAAGUGAUCAGAUUGAAAUGCAGCUAAGCUCAAAACUACUUGAUCUGUCUUGAAGCUGUAGUUUUCAAUAAGGAGAUUGAAUUACACACAUUAAAGUUACAAAUUAUUUAAGAGUUGA